GGCGAGCACGCGUUACCAUUCUUACUCCACUCGGUGCGAGGUGCUUACAUAAAGUCACUCAGAAUUGACAUUUGCUGAACUUGCACCUAUUAUAACACCUAACCUACUGUUGGUACCAGCUGACCAAAGAAAUGGUGAUGGAGAAGCCAAGUGCCCAGCUUGUCGGGCGAGAGUUUGUCCGACAGUAUUACACACUUCUGAACCAGGCUCCCGACUACCUCCACAGGUUUUAUGGCAAGAAUUCUUCCUAUGUGCAUGGAGGCCUGGACAGUAACGGCAAACCAGCAGAGGCUGUCUAUGGCCAAUCGGAAAUUCAUAAAAAGGUAAUGGCGCUGAGCUUCCGUGAUUGUCACACAAAAAUCAGACACGUUGAUGCCCAUGCCACCCUGAAUGAAGGUGUUGUAGUUCAAGUAAUGGGAGAGCUGUCCAACAACAUGCAGCCCAUGAGGAAAUUUAUGCAGACCUUUGUGCUGGCCCCUGAGGGAACUGUUGCAAACAAGUUCUACGUACACAAUGACAUUUUCCGCUAUCAGGAUGAAGUGUUCGGGGACUCGGACUCUGAACCUCCCGAGGACUCAGAGGAGGAAGUGGAGGAGCUGGAUGAGAGAGCGAACUCUCCUGAGGUGCAGCAAGAAGUGGUGCCUACAUACUACGAGCCAACUCCUUGUGUGGAGCCUGAGGCUCCUCAGGAGGAGGUAGCUGUAACCCCAGAACCCCAACCUGAACCUGAGCUUGAGCCUGAGGCAACUGCAGUGGAACUGAAACAGGAGUCUGUAGGUCAGGCUGAGCCCCUUUCUGUGGAGAAAAGCCCCAGGGCUCCUCCUUCACCUACACCUGCCGAGACUGCACCCAUCAUGCCAGAGGAAAACCGGCCUUUCUCAUGGGCCCUAGUCACCAGUAAGAAUCUCCCCCAAGGAGGUGUGGUACCAGCAACAGGAAUUCCUCCUCAUGUAGUCAGAGCUCCAGUGAAUCAUCAGCCAGCCAGAGUGGAAGUUAAAACAGAAACCCAGACCCCAGCACAGAGACCUCAGAGAGAUCAGAGACCCCGUGACCAAAGACCAGGUCCCCCUCCACCACAGAGAGCGCCAAGACCAGUGCGGGAAGGAGAGAGCGGAGAGGCUGAGGUGAGGCGAGUGGUCAGGUACCCCGACAGCCAUCAGCUCUUUGUCGGAAACGUACCACAUGAUGUAGACAAAGCCGAACUAAAGGAGUUCUUUGAACAGUAUGGAACUGUGCUGGAGUUGAGGAUCAAUAGUGGUGGCAAAUUGCCUAACUUUGGAUUUGUUGUUUUUGAUGAUUCUGAGCCAGUACAGAAGAUCUUGAGCAACCGGCCCAUUAAACUCAGAGGCGACGUGCGUCUAAACGUGGAGGAAAAGAAAACCCGUUCAGCACGUGAAGGAGACCGGCGAGACAUCCGUCCCAGAGGCCCAGGAGGACCUAGGGACCGUAUCCCAGGCCCGAGAGGACCACCAUCUAGAGGUGGCAUGGCUCAGAAGCCAAGUUUCGGCGCCGGGCGAGGUGCAGGCUCCAGCGAGGGUCGUUAUGCAGGACCACGCCAGUGAAGCAGCUCUCGUCUCAAGUCACUGCUGAUGCAAGUCGCCCUAAGUAACUCCCAGCGUCCCUCAUCCUGUUUUCUAUGCCGCUGCAGAGUGGCAGCUCCCCAAUUAUCUGGACUUCUGGUAUUUGAGUUUGAACUUGAAUUUGUUGUAGACAAACUACUUGAAUCGUGGAAACUGAAAAACCCAGCGUUUUCUUUUAUUUUUAGCGUUCUCUCCCUGUUUCUUAAAGGAACGUGUUUUUACUGCUCGGGCAAUCCUGUGUAUUGCUAGUGCCCGCUUGUCAGGUCAAAGUUCAAGUAUGGUUUUAUUUGGAGUUGUUGCUAAGUCAGAUCAUGGUUGUGUAUGAGUGACUAGCAUGUAAAGAAUCCUGUUUGCCUUCUACUGUUGCACUUCAUCAAAAAUGACCUAUUUUAACAACUCUGCUGAUAAGAGAACAAAAUAAACUUGAUGUACUGUUUUGA